CGGGGCGGCGGGGAGAUGCCCACGCAGCGGGACAGCAGCAGCAUGUCCCACCCGGGCCCGGGCGGCGGCGGCGGCGGCGGCGGCGGCGGGGACCACGCGCACCAGGUCCGGGUGAAAGCCUACUACAAAGGGGACAUCAUGAUAACACACUUCGAACCAUCUAUUUCCUUUGAAGGACUUUGCAAUGAGGUUCGCGACAUGUGUUCCUUUGAUAACGAACAGCUCUUCACAAUGAAAUGGAUAGAUGAGGAAGGAGACCCGUGCACAGUUUCAUCUCAGCUGGAGUUGGAGGAAGCCUUUCGGCUCUAUGAACUCAACAAAGAUUCGGAGCUCCUAAUUCACGUAUUUCCAUGUGUACCGGAAAGACCUGGAAUGCCAUGUCCUGGAGAAGAUAAGUCCAUCUAUCGCCGAGGCGCCCGCCGCUGGAGGAAGCUCUACUGUGCCAAUGGCCACACUUUCCAAGCCAAACGGUUCAACAGGCGAGCCCACUGUGCAAUUUGCACCGACCGAAUCUGGGGCCUUGGGCGCCAGGGCUACAAGUGCAUCAACUGCAAGCUGCUCGUUCACAAGAAGUGCCACAAGCUCGUUACCAUUGAAUGUGGACGGCAUUCUCUGCCCCCGGAACCAAUGAUGCCCAUGGACCAAACCUCUGUGCAUUCAGAUCACGUGGAGACAGUGAUUCCAUAUAACCCUUCAAGUCAUGAAAGUUUGGACCAUGUUGGUGAAGAAAAGGAGGCGAUGAGUACUAGGGACAGCGGCAAAGCUUCGUCCAGUCUGGGUCUCCUGGAUUUCGAUUUGCUCCGUGUGAUAGGGAGGGGGAGCUAUGCCAAGGUGCUGUUGGUACGACUUAAAAAAACUGAGCGCAUUUAUGCCAUGAAAGUUGUGAAGAAGGAGCUGGUCAAUGAUGAUGAGGAUAUCGAUUGGGUGCAGACAGAGAAGCACGUCUUUGAGCAGGCCUCCAACCACCCCUUCCUUGUGGGCCUGCACUCUUGCUUCCAGACAGAAAGCAGGUUGUUCUUUGUGAUAGAGUACGUGAAUGGAGGAGAUCUCAUGUUUCAUAUGCAGCGACAGAGGAAACUCCCAGAAGAACAUGCUAGAUUUUAUUCUGCAGAAAUAAGUCUAGCAUUAAAUUACCUUCAUGAACGAGGGAUAAUCUAUCGAGACCUGAAGUUGGACAAUGUGUUGCUGGAUUCUGAAGGACACAUUAAGCUCACUGAUUACGGCAUGUGCAAGGAAGGAUUAAGGCCAGGAGACACAACCAGUACUUUCUGUGGUACUCCAAAUUACAUUGCUCCUGAAAUCUUACGAGGAGAAGAUUAUGGCUUCAGUGUGGACUGGUGGGCGCUCGGCGUGCUGAUGUUUGAGAUGAUGGCGGGAAGGUCUCCCUUUGAUAUUGUUGGGAGCUCUGAUAACCCUGAUCAGAACACAGAGGAUUAUCUCUUUCAAGUUAUUUUGGAGAAGCAGAUUCGAAUACCCCGCUCCCUGUCAGUCAAAGCCGCCAGUGUCCUGAAGAGUUUUCUUAAUAAAGACCCGAAGGAACGUUUAGGCUGCCACCCGCAGACAGGCUUUGCUGACAUUCAGGGCCAUCCGUUCUUCCGAAACGUUGACUGGGAUAUGAUGGAGCAGAAGCAGGUGGUGCCUCCCUUCAAGCCAAACAUCUCGGGGGAGUUUGGUCUGGAUAACUUCGACUCUCAGUUCACUAACGAGCCUGUGCAGCUCACUCCCGAUGAUGAUGACAUCGUGAAGAAGAUUGACCAGUCUGAAUUUGAGGGCUUCGAGUAUAUCAAUCCCCUUCUAAUGUCUGCAGAAGAGUGUGUCUGAUGGGCCUCGUUCCUUUUGCCUGUGUCGUCCCAUAAUGCAUGGAUAAACGAGUUACCAGUUUGGAUGCAACCAUAUAGAAUAAGCUGAGCAUUUUAAAUUUGUCAUCUACUGUGACAUACUCGGUAUCAUUUAUCCCUGAUUGUAAUGACUGAAUGAUCACAUUUAAGUUCAACUGCAAGAAAGAAUCCGAAAGCACAUUCCAGAGACCCGGACCAGGAGGGAUGGAGCUGUAAUGCGCUGGGCAACUGCUGGUAUCUAGGGGGUGCCCGAGGAGUGCUCCCACGUGGCUUGCUAAGAGGUAGCCACGUCCCCUUUGUUUUUUGAAAGAAACACUCAUUGCAGCUUUGAAAGAGGACCUGGUACAUUGCAUUAAGGCACACUGUGAAACAGCAUCGUCCGAGCCUCUCCUAGUUACACGGUCAUCAGCCGGCGCCGGUGGCAGUGCUGGUGAGGAGUUUCAUUUGGGAGGAGGAAGAGGGCUUCCAAAUACAUUUUCCCGUUCUUUAUCUGUAGGAGUUCAGUUUUAUGUUUCCGCCUUGUCCUGAACGGUCAGACUUGUAACUUUAUGACAGUCCCUAAACCGGUGAGGGUAAGAAAGAUGCUGCUUCCUUAUAACUGGAGGAUACCCUUUCCACUCAGGAGAACGCUAGGCACACUCCAGUCAUCUGUCAGUCAGUCUUGCCCUGUGGGGGUCCCGAGGAAAGAAUGUACCCCACUGAGAUGUUGGGCCAGAAAUAUAUACACCUGGGCGUCAGCUCACCAGGAUGCAAAGGAACCAGGGUAGAGCCAAGGGGAAAGGAGGUCAUCAGGAGGUAGAAAGUAAAAAGUGUCUUUAGCAGGACAGGAAGGUUGAAGUUGGAGAAGCUAGAAGAUGAUAUUUAUCUCUUCUCCCCCCCACCCACCCCCCAUACCCCAGGGAAGCAUUCCACAGCUGCUUUUUUGUGAUUCAGCAACUGUUUGUUUCUUUGAGGCAAUUGGGAGAGAAGGAGAAGAAAUGCCUCUGUUUCCCAACCUGAAAAGGCAUUACAUUUAGCCGGUUGAAUUGGUGUACAUUUAAAAACAAGUCCUUUACAACCUGAUAGAGAGAGGAGACGAUAGCUUCCGACUGAGACAACUCAGAAUUUUCUUGAAUAUUAUCAUGGGAAUACUUGCUGAUUUUCUCCAUGGAAUCUUCCAUGAAAUCCAAGAAAAAAUGGUUAUAAUUAAUGUGAGAGAAAACUGGCCAUUAUUCCGUUCACUCUGGAUUUUAUAAACUCUUAUUAUGUAGAUAACAGAUAUAAUAUAGAGUAAGAAGGCAGACUCUUUAAGCUAUUUUUGAAUAAAUAUUAAUAUGUUUGAGAAAUUUAUUGGUUGAAUAAACGCCCAAAGUAUCAUCCUUUCAUUAUUUUUUGAGAGAAUAAUUUGGAAGCUGGAAUAACCCUAUGCAUAGAAAUUGCCUCUACAUUCCCAACCUUAUUAAAAAUUUAAUUCUAGGAAGGCAGUCAGACGUAGUCCUAAAUUCAGAAUGACUUAAGGAAUUGAUCCUAUACAUUUUACAAAUUUUCUUCCCCUCCUUUCUUUAGAAGCUAUUAGAAAUAUGAUUUUUUAAACAUUUUUUUAUUUUUCCUAUGCUCUAGCCAAUAUGGAGAAAGUCAAAGAAAAUAAAAUCAUCUAAAGAGGUUCCUUUUUUUAUUAGGUAGAUUAUAAAUCUAAAAUUUGUUUUGGAGACCCAAGGGUUUGCCCCAGGUCGUUGAUGGAGAAAUCUGUCAUCAGAAGGUAUUGGUGAUGCUUCCUCUGUGGUGGGGUUGUCUUUGUCUUUAUCCCGUGAUCUGAUUUCAGGAACGCUGUGCGGUACACAAGAGUUGGGGCCAGAAGUGCAUUUACUGUUCUCAUCAGCUAAAUACUAUUUCAAGGCAUAUGAGUAACAACUAGAGUCUUCAUUUUGAAAUGUCUGCACAAAACUGAUCAGUUUUCUACCGGUCAUGUUACAGGUGAUAUGCAUUUUUCUAUGAUGUGGCUUUAACCUCCAGGGUGGCCUUUGGUUUUAAUAUGAUUUUUAAAAACAAAUAAGAUGUGUAAAUUUUAUACAGAUUGCCAUUGCAAAUAUGUUUUUACUUAUUUUCCUUUUUCCACAACCUUUUUCAAGUGCCAUGUCAGUUUUUUUUUAACUUUUGUUGUAGAGGCUGUCUCAAAAUUAUUCAGCAGGGAAAUCAGGCAUCGGACAGUCAGAGUAGUUGGAAUUUGGGGUUUCUAGGAAAUAAGAUUUAUUUUUCAUAAGCAUGACAUGUUUGUGGAGUGACCUCAUUUUAUUUGUGGGAAGACUGGACUCCAGGUACUCUGCUCGUUCAGUACUAAUGCAAUUUACAUGUUUUCUUUCAUGUGAAAUACUCAGAUAUAUUGUAAUCUGUAUUUGUGCACCUUUUUUUUUCUUUUUUUUUUUACUUUGUCUUUAAAUAAACUGUUUAUAAUAGUCCCCA